AUGGGUGAUGGUUGUGAAUGGCGAUUUAAGGCUUAUGCUAUUCCUUGUGGUAGUUUAUGGUUUGUUAAACAUAUGAACGAUAGACACACCUGUUCGAAGACGCAAACACACCCACAUUUCCGUCAGGCUAACCCAAAGGUUUUGGGUCACUUUUUAAAGGAACAACUAAAAGACAGUGGUAGGAUAUAUCGAGCGAAAGAGAUUGUCAAAGAUUUUAGACAAAGGUUCGAGGUUGAGAUAACAAACCUUCAAGCUUGGCGUGGUAAAAGCUAUGCACUUGAACUUCUACAAGGAACAACCCGAGACUCUUUUGCUGAACUACCAAUAUACUGUUACAAUUUGAAGCUUGCAAAUCCUGGAAGCGUUACUCACAUCUUGGUUGAUGAGCAGAGUCGUUUUGAAAUGGUUUGUGUUGCUUUAGGUGUUGUGUGGGGCAUCGAUGGAAAUAAUCAUAUUUUACCACUUGCUUAUGGCAUUGGAAAAUCAGAGGAUGGUGAAUCUUGGACAUGGUUUCUCUCAAAGCUUAGAGACUGUGUUGGUGAAAUAGCAGAUAUGGCGAUCAUUUCGGAUAGGGCGAAUUCGAUACAUGUAGGUGUUAGAAACGUGUUUCCACGUGUGUACCACAGGUUGUGUUGUCGUCAUUUAAUGAUGAAUUUACGUUUGCCGUCGUCUAAAAAAAAAGAGUACGAGGCACUAUGGUGGAAGACAUGUAAAUCUUAUCGGAUGUCUGACUUUAACGAGUCAUUCAAUGCUUUGUGUCUUGCUGUUCCUAGAAUACGCCAGGUUUUAACAAAUAUUGGGUUUGGUAGAUGGGCAAGAGCUCAUUGUCCCGGCAAUCGAUACCACUAUAUGACAUCUAAUAGUGCGGAGUGUAUUAACUCUUUGUCUAGAUUCUCGCGUAAGAUGCCGAUAACGCAACUUAUCGAAUUCUUCCAUGAGUCUGUACAAAAAUGGUUUUAUGACCGUCGACUGCAGGGCAUGCAGGAGAGCCAUUCACUGACUCAGUGGGCACAGAAGAAAAUUUUAAAGAAAAUUGAAGGGUCUAGAACUUGGACUGUUGCAGGCAUACGGGUAAACAGUUUUGUUGUUGAAGACGGUGGGAAAAGGGGUGUAGUUGAUUUUUCGAAUCGUUCGUGCAGCUGUCAUGUCUGGCAAGUUUCUGGUCUACCUUGUGGGCAUAUGAUUGUUGUUUCAAGAUUUUUGGGUGAAGCUGACUGCUGUCAUAAGUUUGGACAAUUUUAG